AUCACUCUAAUUUUGGAAGGAUUAUGUUUAUUAAAGGGAGAGGGAAAAUGGAUCCUUCCCCCUCCUUUCCCUUCCUUCCCCCAAUCUUUUACCCAAAUAAGAGAGUUUGGCCCCCUCUUUUCUUUUCCUUCCAUUUUCUCCUAUCCAAACAAAGUGUUAAAUUAAAAAAAGCUACAAAAAACAUCCUUUAUUUUUCCUGACCAUUCCUUGCUUUGUUAAGUUACUUCCCACCUUAUGAUCUUCUCCCAAACUAAACACCUAACAAAAUGACCCGUUGUUUUAGUUUCACCUAUCUAAGAGACCGGUGUUACCGCUACACCUUCAACAACUCGGGCCUAUGGUCCACCACCACGGACCUCGGUGACGGCACCGUUCUGCACUGUUGGGCCCCCAAAGCCCACCAAGAGUCCAAGCCCAAUUUACUCCUCAUCCAUGGGUUCGGAGCCAAUGCAAUGUGGCAAUGGGGUGACUUAGUAGGCCACAUGACCCCCCACUUCAACGUCUACGUACCUGACCUCCUCUUCUUCGGAGAGUCAUACACGAGUCGGCCCGAACGAGCCGACUCGUUUCAAGCUCAAUGCUUGAUGAGGCUCAUGGAGGCUCAUUCAGUAAAGGGGAGGUUGAGCUUGGUGGGUUUAAGCUACGGCGGGUUCGUGGCGUAUAGCAUGGCAGCUCAGUUUAAAGAGGUUGUUGAAAGAGUUGUGAUAUGUUGUGCUGCUAUUUGUAUGGAGGAAAAAGAUUUGGUUGAAGGGAAGUUUAAGGUUAAGGAUUUGGAAGAUGCUGCUGAUAUUUUGUUGCCUCAGACUCCAGAGAAGUUGAAGGAGCUUAUGAGUUUUACUAUGGUUAAGCCUCCGAAGAUUGUUCCUAAUUGCUUUCUCAAUGAUUUUAUCCAUGCCAUGUGUACAGAUUUUUGUCAAGAGAAAAGGGAAUUAAUCCGGGCUAUUCCAAAAGAUCGAAAGAUCUCCAAAAUUCCUAAAAUCACUCAGCCUACAUUGAUAAUCUGGGGAGAUCAGGAUCAGGUAUUCCCAGUGGAAUUUGCUUACAGGUUGAAAAGUCAUCUGGGAGACAAUGCUCAGCUAGUGGUUCUAAAGAAAGCUGGGCACGGUUUCAACGUCGAGAGACCUAAGGAGUUCUACAAGCACUUGAAGGCUUUCUUGAUCGGUUCCCAAACAUCUCACCAUAAUCACUCCAAUAGCAGUGGCAAAUAAAUGAACACAAAAUUCAAGUGGUAGAUCGGCUUUCGCCUACGGGAGUUCCUAUAUAUUGAUCAGUUGUUCACGAGUAUUUGACUGAUAAUUUACACUCUUAAUUGUGAUGCAUAUAACACAAACACUAGGCCACUGCCUAGCUAAUUAGCAUCACCAAUUCAUUGUUGUUAUAGGCCAUAGAACUGGAAUCUAGGAUGUUCCGGGACAAGCUAUGCAUCAUCUAUUCUCUGAUCUUGUAAUAACUUUGUACAUACUUCUAACUUAAGUUGCUAAUACUUUUUGUUUGUGUCAAGGGCAAAGCAAGUAGCUUACAUAUUCAAAUUUUCUAAAUGUUAUUAAGAAUGUGUUUUA